GGCUCCUCCUGCUACAGACUGAGACGGAGCUGGCACCGAGCAGCGAUACGGGGGGAGCUGUAACACCGCGGAGGAGAAAAAAUAGCGAUUACACCCCAAAUACCAGCGGGUUUUUGAUCGCAGUUGUUUGGUUGUGUCUGGGAAAAAGGCUGCGCGGGUGUUAGUUUAGGUCGAGGGCUAAAUUUAGAAGCGGUCGGUCGAGGAUAGCAGUCUAUUUUUCAAAAACCAACUCCCCAGAUGAACUCCGUCAGAGCCACCAACAGGAGACCCAGGCGAGUGUCGAGGCCGCGCCCGGUGCAGCCCGAACGGAACAACGGGGAUAGAGAUGAGGAGGCUCCUGCAGCAGCUGCAGCAGAGAUGGCUAUUGAGGAGUCCGGUCCAGGAGCUCAGAAUAGUCCCUACCAGCUCCGACGCAAGACCCUGCUUCCCAAGAGAACCGCUGCUGCCUCUGCCACCGCCUCUGCCUGUCCGAGCAAGGGCCCAAUGGAGGGAGCUUCUACUUCAUCAACAGAGGCCUUUGGCCAUCGAGCCAAGCGGGCACGAGUGUCCGGUAAGAGCCACGACCUGCCAGCAGCCCCAGCAGAGCAAUAUCUGCAGCAGAAGCUUCCAGAUGAGGUUGUUUUGAAGAUCUUCUCCUACUUACUGGAACAGGACCUUUGUCAGGCAGCUUGUGUCUGCAAGAGAUUCAGCCAGCUAGCAAACGACCCCAUCCUAUGGAAGCGUCUAUACAUGGAGGUGUUUGAGUAUACACGUCCCAUGAUGCAUCCUGAGCCAGGCAGGUUCUACCAAGUCAGCCCUGAGGAGCAUGAACACCCAAACCCCUGGAAGGAGAGCUUCCAACAGCUGUAUAAAGGUGCUCAUGUAAAACCAGGCUUUGCUGAGCAUUUCUACAGUAACCCUGGCAGAUACAAAGGCAGAGAGAAUAUGCUGUAUUAUGACACCAUUGAGGAUGCGCUGGGUGGAGUACAAGAGGCCCACUUUGACGGUCUAAUCUUUGUCCACUCUGGCAUCUAUACAGAUGAGUGGAUUUAUAUAGAGUCCCCCAUCACCAUGAUUGGUGCAGCUCCCGGUAAAGUAGCAGACAAGGUGGUGAUAGAAAAUACUCGAGACUCGACGUUUGUCUUCAUGGAGGGCUCAGAGGAUGCCUAUGUGGGAUAUAUGACCAUCAAGUUUAAUCCUGAUGAUAAGUCAGCGCAGCACCAUAACGCCCACCACUGUCUGGAGAUCACAGUCAACUGCAGCCCCAACAUCGACCAUUGCAUCAUUCGCUCCACAUGCACAGUGGGUUCAGCUGUGUGUGUGAGUGGCCAGGGAGCGUGUCCAACUAUCAAACACUGCAACAUCAGUGACUGUGAGAACGUAGGACUGUACAUUACAGAUCACGCACAGGGCAUUUAUGAAGACAAUGAAAUCAGCAACAAUGCGCUAGCAGGAAUUUGGGUGAAAAACCACGGUAAUCCCAUCAUUAGACGUAACCACAUCCACCACGGGCGAGACGUUGGAGUGUUCACCUUCGAUCACGGCAUGGGAUACUUUGAGAACUGCAACAUCCAUAGAAACCGCAUAGCAGGCUUUGAGGUGAAGGCCUACGCCAACCCAACAGUGGUGCGUUGUGAGAUUCAUCAUGGCCAAACGGGAGGCAUCUACGUCCACGAGAAGGGGCGGGGACAGUUUAUAGAGAACAAAAUCUACGCCAAUAACUUCGCUGGUGUGUGGAUCACGUCCAACAGCGACCCGACGAUACGGGGAAAUGCUAUAUUCAACGGCAACCAAGGAGGGGUGUACAUAUUUGGAGAUGGACGGGGCUUAAUAGAGAGUAACGAUAUCUAUGGUAACGCCUUGGCAGGCAUCCAGAUCCGAACAAACAGCUGCCCCAUUGUACGGCACAAUAAGAUCCACGAUGGACAGCAUGGGGGCAUCUAUGUGCAUGAGAAAGGCCAGGGGGUGAUCGAGGAGAAUGAGGUUUACAGCAACACACUGGCUGGAGUCUGGGUGACCACAGGCAGCACGCCGGUCCUCCGCAAGAACCGCAUCCACAGUGGCAAACAGGUUGGCGUAUAUUUCUAUGACAACGGGCACGGUGUGUUGGAAGACAAUGACAUCUACAAUCACAUGUACUCUGGUGUACAAAUAAGGACGGGGAGCAACCCAAAGAUCAGGCGCAACAAGAUAUGGGGAGGCCAGAAUGGAGGGAUUUUAGUCUACAACUCAGGUCUGGGAUUCAUCGAGGACAAUGAGAUCUUUGACAAUGCCAUGGCCGGUGUGUGGAUCAAGACGGACAGCAACCCCACGCUGAGACGAAAUAAGAUUCAUGACGGCAGAGAUGGAGGCAUCUGCAUCUUCAAUGGAGGCAGAGGUCUAUUGGAAGAGAACGACAUCUUCAGGAAUGCUCAGGCUGGUGUGCUGAUCAGCACUAACAGUCACCCGAUACUCCGCAAGAACCGCAUUUUUGACGGCUUCGCUGCAGGUAUUGAAAUAACUAACCACGCUACAGCCACGCUGGAGGGAAACCAGAUCUUCAACAAUCGCUUUGGAGGCCUGUUUCUGGCCUCGGGAGUCAACGUCACCAUGAAAGAUAAUAAGAUUCUGAAUAACCAGGAUGCCAUUGAGAAGGCAGUGAGCAGAGGACAGUGCCUCUACAAGAUCUCCAGCUACACCAGUUACCCCAUGCACGACUUCUACAGAUGUCACACCUGUAAUACAACAGAUAGGAACGCCAUCUGUGUAAACUGCAUCAAAAAAUGCCACCAAGGACACGAUGUAGAGUUUAUACGGCACGAUCGGUUUUUCUGCGACUGCGGAGCAGGAACGUUGUCCAACCCAUGCACGCUGGCCGGAGAGCCCACACACGACACAGACACUCUGUAUGACUCGGCGCCGCCCAUCGAGUCCAACACGCUGCAACACAACUGAAGGCAUCCGGUCCAGUUCCACUCUCUCACAUAAGCAUAUAAACACAUUACAUUGCACACAGCCAUGCGCGCAUACAGACACACACAUACACACACACAUGCAUAUAUAUAUAUAUACACAUGCAUAUAUAUAUAUAUGUAUGUGUGUGUGUGUAUAUACAUGCAUAUAUAUACACACACGCACACAUCCACAAGGACCCAGAGAGACUCUGAUUGCGGCGCUCUCGGAUGGGAUCAAGGUGAAAGAGGCUGCAGAGGAAGCAGCUUCCUGCCCGCUGCAGUCAGACGCGCUGCAGUGGAGGCAGACUCCACUAGAGGGAGCAGUGGAGCUAAGGGAAGACUAACAGAGCGGCCACAAGAGAUUCCUCACUCGAGUAUUUCUUAUUGCAGUCUGUAGACAAAGAUGAGAAGAGCAGGGCUAUGCAGAGGGGCCGUCGGUGGCAGCGGGUGAAGUUCCCACCCGGUGUUAAUCCUCGCCUCCCAGCCCACUUCUUCCUCCUCACAAGAACUGCUGUCAAAGAGACUUUCUGCUUCCUCGCAGCUGCCAUCCCCAUUGGCUGCCUUGGCAGUUGUAACUAGGCAACGGAUGGGCAGAUGUUGCUCUGUUGUGUGUGUGUGUGUGUGGAUAAAGAGCAAGAUUGUGUGUGUGUGAUGGAGCACUUGGGCUUUUAAAAAAAAAAAAGAAAAAAAAAAUUCCGAUCAAUGGAUUUUAUUUCAAUGCUUUCUCAUGUAGUUUUGUAUUUUCAAGCAAAAAAGCUGACUGUAUUUGAAUGUCUUUUAUUUUUAUUAUAUAUUAUAAUUAUUUUUAUUUGGUUAGCAUCCCUUCUCCCACCCCAACCGUAAGGCAAAGUGCAGAAACUCAAAUGUCCCAGUGGUGAAGUUCUUUCUGUGAAAGAGAAUCUCGUUUAAACACUAAAAACCCUCUCCAGUAUAUUAGCUUAAAUGGCAGGUGGAGGGGCUCCACACUUGUAUAAAGGUGUGUAUGUGAGUGUAUAAAUGUGUGUUGUGUACAGUGAAAGUUGUGUGUGUGUGUGUGUACAUGUUUAUAAGUUGAUGCAGUCAGUGUUUUGUGGAGAGGGUUUCAAAAGGAGUUUGAGCUCCUUUUGAACUGGAACUGAAGAGUCGAUCUGCAGUCGUCCCCGCCCGUCCCUUUCUCUCUCCCCCGUGUAUCGUGGUGACUGUGGCUCCUCAUGCAGCCUGAAUCGUAUGCAUGUACCAUAACAUCUAGACUUAAUAUAUUGUGAAGUAUUCAAUAACCAUUAUGUAGAUGCUAGUUGGAAUUCAAAAAGGGGUAUACUUUCUUAGAAAGACAAAAAAGAAAACAGGAAACUGGCCAUUUCUAAGAAAAUAAAACUUUAUUAGAUCACAGGUGUCUGUCUUUAAAUUCCCAUCCUGCAGAAUUGUCAAUAAAUGUCUGAUUUUAUAAUGUUUGGGAAUGUUGAAAAUGGCAGCAUCAUGUGCUUCCAAAGAAAUGUGAUGUUCUUAAAUUACACUGCCAAAUGUAAAAAAAACAAGCAUAUCCAAGUGUUAAUUCUUUAUUGAAAAAAAAAAAUAUACAAUGUAAAUGCUCUAGUGUGGUUACCUACAGUACAUGACCGUUGUUGGUUAUGAUGAGCCUGAAAAUCAAGCUGUUUUUGCAGGAACACAGCGGGACAGGAUCUCUGUGAUAUAAGUGUUGUUUUUGGAGCGAAGCUGUGCCUUCAUUUUCAUGAGCGCCGCCUUCACCUCUUCUUCACUCAUAGUGGCAGUAGAGAGUGACUUCGCCUUCUCCAGGAAGUCCUGAAUCAGGCUUUCUCCCACCUGAAAGAAGCAGCACAUCAGAUGGCAGCCGUCUCCAGCAUCUCGGACAUAAAGGUGGACACUCCUUUGACCUGGCUAUCUCCCGCUCCCACCCUGGCCAUGACGCUGUCAAUCACGCUAAGCUCUGCCUUCUCGCACGGCACAAAGCAGCCGAUCUGAGCCAUCAGAGCGAUCACACCGACCUGACGAAUAAACGUUGACUUGCCGCCCAUAUUUGGUCCUGUUGACAAAGAGGAGAAUAAUGUCAUGUGUCCUCAUUCUCAGAACUGAAGGGGGGAAAAAGCAACUAAACCAAAAAAUUAGACGAGGAACUAAAUUUGAGAUGUUUCCUAUUUCCUCAGGCAAAUUACAAUGUUUACGGAUUAAAACAGUGAUUCUUCUUUGUUUGUAUUUACCGUUGUGUGACUGAUUCGAUGGAAUGGGUGGGAAGAAAACUGAAAACUCUAGAAUGCUUUGUGAAAACUGAGAAAGUGAAAGGGAUGAACCUACAGAGAAUAAUCUCCUUAAUCUGCAGCUCCUCAGUUUUGCAGAGCUUUAUGGGUUUUUUUAUUUUUAUUUGUUUUUUUAAAUAUGAGACCAUCCCAUAUUCACACUAUUAGCGUUAUUAUUUUUUCUCAAUAGAAUUGCUAUUAAAGUGUUAAAAUAUU